CCUCUACAGCGAACAGAGGAGUCCAGAGGCUGCUGUUAGCGCUGCGGCUCGAAGCUGAUUGUUUUUCUUCAGUUAUUUUUCUUUCCGCUUCGUGUCCGGUUAGCAGGAUGGCCGGCACCGCGUUAAAGAGGCUGAUGGCCGAAUAUAAACAGCUGACCCUGAACCCGCCCGAAGGAAUCGUUGCAGGUCCAGCUAACGAGGAGAACUUCUUUGAAUGGGAGGCGCUGAUCAUGGGUCCAGAGGACACGUGCUUCGAAGGAGGCGUCUUCCCCGCCGUCCUCAGCUUCCCCUCAGAUUACCCGCUCAGCCCUCCCAAGAUGAGGUUCACCUGCGACAUGUUUCACCCUAACAUCUACCCAGACGGUCGGGUCUGCAUCUCCAUCCUCCACGCUCCGGGUGACGACCCCAUGGGCUACGAGAGCAGCGCCGAGCGGUGGAGCCCGGUCCAGAGCGUGGAGAAGAUCCUGCUGUCUGUGGUCAGCAUGCUGGCAGAGCCCAACGACGAGAGCGGCGCAAACGUCGACGCCUCCAAGAUGUGGCGAGAGGACAGGGAGCAGUUCUACAAACUGGCCCAGAAGAUCGUCCGCAAGUCGCUGGGCCUGUAGUGAUGAUGUCAUCACGCCGCUCUGUGUGUGCAGUUGGGAUACAGACUGUGGAGCACCAACGCGUUACCAUGGAAACCACACACACACAUAGCUGCUGUCGGACGGAUCAACGAACUGAUGCAUCUGGUGUCGAUCAGUUGUUACCAGGAGGACCAACGUCCCUGUCAUGAUGUCACUUCCUGUUUGCCCCCCCUAACCUCUCUGUCUUGGUGUCUUCAGAUCGACGUCUCUCAGCGGACUGUUUGCACUUUAUCUCCCCCUGGAGGUCGGCCUGUUGAACUGCAGGAUCAGGGCUGAAAUAGUUUCUCUGGGUUUUUCUUCUCAUCAGUCGUUCAUUAAAACCAGAUUAAAAUCCUCGUUUCUCUGCCUCCUGAUUAAUCUGGAUUAAUCUAACAGCUUCACUCUGGUUCUGCUGUCAAACUGGUUUUAAAGCAUGUUGAACUUAAUAAAGCGACGUGUCUGUUUCAG